GACUAGCGGUAACGGCGUCCGAUUCAGCUGUUACAACAAAUCGGGCAGUUUCAACUGGUGAAGGUCCCUUCUCACCUUAGCUUCUUUAAAGCUCUCUCCUCCAUUGACGUUUUUUCUCUCAUCUCUCUCUCUCUCUCUCUCUCUCUCUCUCUCUCCAAAAAGUGCUCUUAUAUGAUCUUCUUGUCCUCCGAUCAGAUGCGUUGUCUUCACAGGUUUCGUUCCAUCUUAUCCCUAAUCUCUUCUCAGUAUCUUGACUUUUCUAGGGUUAGGGUUUCAUUGAUCUUACCCUUAUAAUCAAAUUAUAUUUGGCAUAUGAACACCUAAUCUGGAUAUUUCUUAAAUCAAUUGAUUAAUCUUCUGUAAGAUUUAUGAAAAUAAAAUGCAUCUGAGGUGGUUUAAUUGCUUCCGAUGCGCUAUUAUUCAUAUCGGGUAUGAUGUCGACUGAUAUGGCUAUAUUUCUUCAUUAAAAAGUGAACGUUUUCAUUGAUUUGAUUCGAGUAUGAUUACAUGAGAUUUUGCUCAUGCUGUUGAGUGUCGAUUCUACCGAAGAAGUGAGAAACAUUAUAAUGCCGGCAAAAGAGAAAAUGAAUGGAGGAGGCCUCUUGACAACCUUAUCCAUAGACAACAAUCAUUUAUCAACGAUUCUAUCCAUGGAUUCGAGUUUGUUUGAGAGGGAGGUGAAUCGAGCGGUGGAUCUUACCCUGCCGCCGGAUAUCAAUCUCCCUCUCUCGGCGGAGCCCAGCCCUCCACCGCCGUCAUCCAAUGAUUCUUGUGAUAUGUUAGAUGCCGGUUUAGGUUCUCAACAUUAUCAAACUGAAACACAUAUUAAUGUCACAAAUAUUGGGAAAAAAUCAGCAAAGAGGCUUGAUAGCAUGUGGGGUGCUUGGUUCUUCUUUAAUUUCUACUUCAAACCAGCUUUAAAUGACAAAUCGAAUAACAAGGCGAAUAGGGAAAAUGGGUAUGAUAAAUCACGGUUGAAAUUGGAUGUUUUCUUGGUUCAACAUGAUAUGGAGAACAUGUAUAUGUGGGCUUUUAAAGAAAGGCCUGAGAAUGCAUUGGGGAAGAUGCAGCUGCGGAGCUACAUGAACGGUCAUUCUCGACAAGGAGAAAAGCCAUUUCCGUUUUGUGCUGACAAGGGUUUUGUCCGAUCUCAUAGAAUGCAAAGGAAACACUAUAGGGGUCUCUCUAAUCCCCAAUGUGUUCAUGGGAUAGAAGUUGUUCGGUCGCCUAACUUAACUGGAUUAGACGAAGAAGAAAGGAGAAGGUGGAUGGAACUUACCGGAAGAGAUUUGAACUUCACUGUCACUCUUGAAGCUAGUGAUUUUAGUUCAUGGAGGAAUCUUCCAAGUCCGGAUUUUGAAAUUGAGCGGCCUCUAGUUUUGAAGGACAAUUUGGCUAACGGUAAUCAUCAUCAUCAUCAACAACAACAACCAAAAAGAUUGCUAAAUGGUUCUGGUUUCAACCAUUCGGUGCAGUUACUAGAUCAUGUGAAUGGAAACGGAUAUGGGAUGGAUCUUCUGGCAAGUUGCAAUAGUAAAAGGAGGAAGAGCAAUGGCAACGAUGAUGAAAGCAGUGAUUCGGUUGUUGACAUUCAACCGAAUUGGGUAAGCCAGAUCUCCGGGGUGUUGAAAAGUGCUCAUGGGCCUGUGACAGCUGCCAAGACCAUUUAUGAAGACGAAGAAGGGUUCUUGAUCGUGGUGAGCUUGCCGUGUGUUGAUGUUGAACGGGUGAAAGUUACAUGGAGGAACACGUUAUCACAAGGGAUUGUGAAGAUUUGUUGUGUAAGCACAGGAUGUAGGCCGGUGUUGAAAAGGCAAGAGCGUGUGUUUACAAUGAGGGAUCCAGCAUCCGAGCACUGCCCUCCGGGGGAGUUUGUUCGGGAAAUCCUGCUCCCGACACCAAUUCCUGAAGACGCAAUGCUAGAAGCUUACAGGGACGAGACGGGAACCAUGCUCGAGAUAAUUGUUCCCAAGCAUCGAGUAGGACCUGAAGAACACGAGGUUCGUGUGUGCCUUCGACCGAUGCUGACUUAGCAGAAACUUUGGUUUAGAGUUUGUGAUUGGAGUUUAUUCAUAUAUGAAUAUGUUGAUCCUUCAUUGAUUUUGCUAAUGUUAUUUUGCAAGUGGAAUCUCUGAAGUAGUAUUUGUAAUUGUAGGUGACUUUUGUCCCUUUUUCCUUUUGUCAAUUGAACCAUAUCUCAAUUCUCAAGUGUAUUAUUGUGAUUAUUAACCGGAAAAUCUAGUUUUGUGUAAAACUAUAGGAACCAAAAU